UUCGCGGAGAAGCCUGAACUGCUAAUAAACCAACGGAGAACACAGGGCCACCUCUGCUUGUGCAGAAAACCACGUACGUGUCAGCAACCCAUCUCCUUUUCGAUCGCUACAAUGGCGACCGCAAAACUUGCAAUCAACACUCAACCAUCCACAUGCUGUAAACUUUCUCUUUCCUCUCAAUGGUUCUCCAUUCCCUACUUAUAUGCUAUGGUUUUAACCUUUAAGCCUCUUCUCUCUUCUCAUUUUUUCACAUGGAUAGGAUAGCACUUCUCUAAUCUUUCAUAGUUUCUUCUUUUGGGAUUUUUUUUUUAUCUGGGUUUUCUUCUGAAUUUUGAUUUGAGUGGGAAGUUGCAAGAAGGAUAGCUUUAAUUUUACUGGUUGGAUGGCAAAUUCUUGAUUAGGGUUCAUCUGAAUCUUGGAUCCAGUGCUGGGCUUGCAACAGUUGGUGACAGCUAUUAUUUGCUGUCUGGGACCUUGGGAUUUAUCUACAAAAUGGCUUGUCUUUAAGCCAGAGGUGUGUCCAGCUAAUAGCAGUUGUUUCAGUUUCAUAUUUUAUUUUAUUUCUGUGCUUUUGGGAUCAAGGAUGGAUUAAGCUUAAAAAAUGGCUUCAGCAACUGGUGUUUCACGUCAGAUACCAACAUGGGAGGUUGGAUGUACUACCAGUAAUGGCAGUUUGCCUGCCAUGGACAAUGACAACGAUGAUACUUCCGAGAAUUUGAGCCAAUCUAAAUCUGGAAAACCUCCAAGAAACCUCUCUUGCAUGAGGCAUUGCAGCAGCACAGCAUUUUUGACAGAUCCUGAAUUAGAUGUUGGAAUUAUCUGCUUGAAGUCACCAUCAACUGAGAAUUCUGGAUUUCUACCUAUAUUUCGCUCAGGAAGCUGUUCUGAGAAAGGACCAAAGCAAUACAUGGAGGAUGAGUACAUAUGCGUGGACAACCUACAUCAAUAUCUUGCUACAGCUGUAAAAUUUCCUGCUCCUGGAGCAUUUUAUGGGGUGUUUGAUGGGCAUGGUGGCAUUGAUGCAGCAUCAUUUACCAGAAAGAACAUUCUUAAUUUUAUCGUUGAAGAUUCACAGUUUCCAUCUGGCACAAAAAAAGCAAUUAGGAGUGCCUUUGUGAAGGUUGAUCAUGCACUUGCUGAUACUAAAGCUGUUGAUAGUUCCUCUGGCACUACUGCUUUAACAGCUCUUAUCUUGGGAAGGACUAUGCUCAUCGCAAAUGUUGGUGAUUCUAGAGCUGUGUUGAGCAAACGGGGAAGAGCAUUUGAGCUGUCAAAAGACCACAAACCUAGCAGCACCUCUGAGAGACUGAGAAUUGAGAGACUAGGGGGCGAAAUUUAUGAUGGCUACCUUAAUGGCCAAUUAUCCGUGGCACGUGCUCUUGGUGAUUGGCACAUUAAGGGUGCUAAAGGUUCAAAAAGCCCCUUGAGUGCCGAGCCAGACUUGGAAGAGAUUAACCUGACAGAAGAACAUGAGUUUUUGAUAAUUGGUUGUGAUGGUUUGUGGGAUGUGAUGAGCAGCCAGUGUGCAGUCACAAUUGUGAGGAAGGAACUCCUGAUCCAUAAUGAUCCUGAGAGGUGCUCAAAAGCACUUGUGAAGGAAGCACUCCAGCGCAACACGUGCGACAAUCUGACAGUGGUUGUGGUCUGCUUCUCUCCUGAUCCACCUCCUAAGAUUGAAAUGCCUAAAUCCCAUAAAAGGAGGAGUAUAUCAGCUGAGGGGCUGGAUCGUCUCCAAGGCAUCUUGGAUGCUGCUUGAACAAAAACUCUGCUUGCUUCUUGUAUAAAAAAGGUUCUGCUCGUGAGGGAUUUUUCCAAGUCAGUUGUGCUAGUCUGUCACCUGCAGCAGCAGCUGGAAAAGGCUGAUUUCUUGAACCUAAACAUCCUGUAUAUUUGAGAUACUUAUUUUGAUGGGUUAUUUUGUUUUUACUUUGUAGUGCAGAUUGAGUCGUUGCAGUUAUGUUUGUGCCAUUUGAGUUGAGCUCCUGAAUUGGCCCUGCAGUCUGCACAUGAGAACAAGAAAGAUGUGUCUAUUGCAAAAUAAUGCAUUAGAAUAGCAAUGACACGCCAAUUUUGAAAGUAGAAUAAGUUUGUAUAAAAGCUUUAAUGAGCAAAUGUAUUUUUCUUUUUUCA